AUGCUAAAUGAAACUUGUUAUUUUGAGGAACCAUUCGAUUUUAUGAUUAUUCAUUACAUUGCCCUAACAUUGUCUAUUAUUGUAUACGCGAUUGGAUUUUUUGUUCUAAUUUUUAAAACACCAAAACAUUUCAGUAAAUAUAGAAAUUUAUUGAUGGCGCACAUUUUUUCAGGAUUCCUUCUCGACAUUGUUAUGGGUGUCCUAUGGAAAGUAACAAUUGUCCUACCGGUUCCAGUAAUGUGCUCCAACACCUUUGCAUCUGAAUAUGCUCCAAAUGUAUUUCAACUCCUUCCCGCAUGCUUCGCGUAUACUGGAGCUUCAGCUAUAUCACUUUUUGUUCACCGAAUGGAGGCUGUAAUCGUACACAGAUCAGAACAGUCAACACUUCGAAAAGUGACAAAAUAUUUGAAAUAUGCAUUUUAUAUGAGCAUUGUCUUUGUGCUCAUUCUCACAAUAUUGAUUUAUCCAGAUCUGAAGAACCAAAGAGAUUAUAAAAUUCAAAUGGAAAAGAGAUUCGGAACGUUCAAGCCGUAUAUGUGGUGUGACAACUGUUUCUUCAUGAAUUUUAGUUCGAAAAUCUUCUAUGUCUUCUUUAUCGUUGCCGGAAUCGCCGUGGUCUUGGGUGGUACCACUGGUGGUAUUGCUUUUCAUGUAACAGUUGAAGCAUUGAAAAGUGUUAGCUUAAGGCUCACUGCUAAAACAAAAGCGACACAUCGGAACUAUUUAAUGAGUCUCUCGUUGGCGGCAGGUGUUCAUGUCGUUUGCAUUGUGUUACCCCUGCUAGGCGUUUUAUCGGCAAUUAAUGUUAUGAUCAGUUUGAGUAAUUUUCGCUAUUUCCCAUUCAUCCUCACACUAAUCAUACAAGAACAUGGUGCUGCAUCUACCGUCAUCAUGUUCAUGACAAAUAACUUACUGAGAGGAGCUGUCAAAAAAUUGUUCAAGUGCGAGAAUGGGACAGUCACGGCUGACAAUAGUACUGCAAAUCGAUCUACGGUGGUUGUUUGAUAUUUUUCUAAUUUUUAUUAGAUUUUCGGCGAUUUAAAAAAAAUGAAAUACGAUCAAUAAACGUUUUAUUCAA